CGCCACCCGGAAUCAUGUGCUUUUGUUUUCGUUUUCAAACAUGUCAAAUGUCAACCUCAAUUUCGUUCUGAAAACCUUAUAGACAUUUCGAAGACUUUCAAAUCAACAACACAGGCCCAGAAGUCAAGGUCAAGCGGUUCAAGAUGAUGAUUAAGGUGCUCUGGCUGUUUCUGCUGAUAUCAAUAAUCUCUGGCCUUGAUUUGAAACCUCACAACCAAGAUGACUACAUUGACCCGUUUGACAUGUUCAAUUAUGACAUCAGUAAUGCCAGAUAUAGGGAGAAGAAAUACAGUGAGGAUGGCAAUGGAAUAAAAGAUGCUGCAUCUAUAAAAGAAAAUAUAAAUGGUCAGCCCCAGGUGCCUGUUGACAAGGACCUGCCACCAGUACCGGUUGACAAGGAUAGUCAUAAAAUGGGACCGGCCGAGGGGUUGGCACCUCCUGGUUACUGUGAUGCAGCGUGUAAACCAUGUGAAGCAACUGAUUGUCUUGAGGGUUAUUAUAUGAAGCAGUAUAUCAGGACAAUACUUACAAACUUCUUGGUUGAUUCAGUGACUUUUGACGUGCCGAAGAGUUAUCAGAUGACCAUGACUGUCAAUGAAGACGACAUAGCAGUCCUGAAAAGGUAUAGCUCAAGCAGCAAAGGCAGCAUUCAAGAUGUGAGCGAUGUACUUGGAGAUAUGGUAAAACAUGUCUCAGUACUUGACCAGGAAUACCAGGAACCACUGUUCGACUUGGAACAAUUCAUUGUAAAUAGUCAGCAAAUAGUCCUGAUUUUACAGAUGGUAGGUGUCGUGGCAUUAGUUGUCAUCAUCUUCUACCUGGAAGCGCACAUCCAUCUCUCGUGGACGCAGCAGACAAAACGUCUUGUCAUCAUCUGUUUUCUCAUCAGUGUUCCAUGGAACUGGCUUCACCUCUACAAGAAAGCAGCUGCCAGGAAAUUAACUGAGGUUAUAAAGGGGAUACCAGAUGAAUGUCGUCCGUCAGACACCUCAUGGUUGUCUUCCAUGAAUAGUUGGUAUCGGACAACGUUCACUUUUAUGGAGAAUAAGUGUGAUAAAUACCAUGAAGCAUUGAUGGUGGACCCUUUCUGGGAGGUGUCCCCAUUUCAGGCCAUCGCAGUCAGCUUAUCUGCAUUCAUAUUCGAGCCAGCCGGACACUUCGGCGAUGCAAUCAGUAAAUUUUUCCGUGGUCUUCUGCAGCACGUGCCAAUCCAGUGGGCUGUGCCAUUGUUUCUGGCGGUAAUCAUCAUCGCUGUGCUUAUUCUCUUCAUGAUGUUUGGCUACAGGAUAAAGAUACCAUUCCUUGCUGCAAUCGAACCAGCCGAGAGGAUUACGAGCUGCAGGGAACAAGAGCUCCUUAAGCAGAUACACACACUUGAAGAUACAAACACACGCCUCCAUGAGAGGAUUCCUAGGCUUUCACAGACUAGUCAGCUGAAAAUUGACAAUGUUGGUACUUCAAGACAGGGAGCCAGUGAUCAAGGCUUUGAACGUUCCCUCUCAUGCGACAGUAUACCCUCGGCAAUUGGACAUGAGAAUCAGAGACAUGUGACUCAUGAUGUUCGUGUUGGUCUUGUUGACAAAGAUAGAGACCUAGAUUCAGAAAAUUCAAGUAAUGUGCUUGCAGUACAAGGACAGGGGGAUGGGAGCAGUGCCCAGGUAUUGCCUAAGGAUUGCAAAGGUAUUAAAGAAAAGGUUCCUGUGAAUGUAGGAGCUAGGACAGUUGAGCCGUUGGAAUCAGUGCAACAACCUGGUUCGAUAAUGUCAAAACUUGACGCAUUGACACUGAACAAUGGAAAGCAGACAGUUGAAAGUACACGUGCUGAAGAAAUAUCUGAUGCUGAUAAUGGAAAGGAUCUAGCAUUUCUGUCCAGUGAUUUUGUAGCAAUUGGUCCGGAGCCUGUGGUGAAUGGGUCAAAAGGUGGGCAUGCUUGUGAGAGUGGUGAAUCUGUAUCAGUGGUUGAGGAUGUAGGUAGGAAUAAUUUGGAACUGAUAGAAUCUGGGGAGGCCAGGGAGUGAUGAUUUCCAGUAAAGAUAUUGAUCAUGUCGGAAAGUUUUCACGAUACACUGUUAUGUGACAAAAUUUUUGUGCUGAUAUAAUUUUACAAUUGUGCUGUUUUUUGUAUUAUUUCGCAUUUGAUUUGCAUCUUCGAAAAUAAAACAUACAUUUGAAA